AUGCUCCCCCGGCCCCAAUUGGGCUCCAAGAAGUCUCUUAUUCUUCCUAAACACACCUCAGAGUUGGCGAGCGAUGCCACCACUCAGCUCACUGUCAGCAAUAUAAGUUCCACACCAGACGAAAUUCAGCCCCUGACUUCUGUGGUUUCAGCUGAAGAACCCGAUGAAGACGACGACACAGAGGAUCUCCAGAGCAUCUUGCACUCUUAUAUACGAAAAGACAGGUCUCCGAAUAACGGCGACGAAGUUUCGCUUGCGAAGAUGAAUUUGGCAAGUUGUGAAAACGUGCCAAAUGACGAGUUUUUGACAAAGUACGUGCUUCUGAGCAGACUGGACCAGAAAGAGGUGUUCCACCACAAACUCAAGCAUUUUUUUGUACUUUCCAAUGCUGGAAAACCAAUCUACUCGCUCAAUGGUGCCGACAAGGUGAUAGUGGGAUUCAUGGGUUUAAUUACAGCACUCGUAUCUUCUGUGGAGGAAACCAUGGACCAGCAAUUGCAACACAUAAACUAUGGUGAGCUGCAAAUUGUCAUUUAUAAUCGAGAACCACUUAUUUUAGUGGCUGUGUCCAAACUAUAUCACGAGAACAAAACCCAUCUUGCACUGCAACUCGAGUAUAUUUACAGCUACUUGCUCUCCAUAUUGUCCAAACCAGCGAUAACUCGCAGCUACCAAAACAGAAUGAACUACGAUCUCCGCAAAGUGUUGACUGCGUUGGAUUUUCAAAACCUCGAUGGAAUUUGCACCCAAUUGUCAUAUGGUCAAAUUGUGGAAAUGGGCAUACUGGGUGUGUGUGGGCUCGAGUUCUUCACUUCACAUCUACUUGACUCGGCGUUGCCGAGCAUUCGCAUAACAAAUACGGUUCGAAAGAAACUUAACGGUGUUCUUCAGUCGUGCCGCAAAAUUAAAGAACCAGAAACAAGGUCGGUCUUAUCGUUGUCAAAACACGACGACGUGGUCAGCGAUCUCUUGUUCAGUCUUCUAGUGGCUCCACCCAACAAAAUCAUUGGACUUGCUCGUCCCAAAAAUCACCAGUUGUCUCACAGAGACCUUUCAAUUCUCACCUACAUCAUUUCUUCUGUCACUUCAGACGGCAAUUCUUCGUCAGAGGACUUGUGGAUUCCCGUGUGCAUGCCAGAUUUCAACAGCAAUGGCUUCCUCUACGCAUUCAUCAAAAAUUUCGACUUGGCUUCGUAUGUGGUUGUGGAUGGUAAGAAUGUUCCGCCGCAACCAGUUCAAAUUGUGCUUUUAAGCAGCAACAAAAAUACAUUUGACACAAUGCAAACCAUAGCAAAUAACAUUCUCAACGACAUCACCUGGAGUGAACUGCUUAGAUGUGGUCUCAGCGACGAUUUGGUAUCCAGCACUCAAUAUCCUGUUGGGGUAGACCACUUUGUCUUCAAGCUGGUAAAGCAUAAUCAGUUCAUUUCCAGUGAUAUGGCUAAAUGGAGUGCUAAUGGCACUUCAGCGGCAUCUAUUCAGCUAACAAAGUUUCUUUCUACGUUGUACAAUUCAAAAAGCGAGCCUAUAGGCGACCCAGAGUCCCCAGACAAAAAAUUGACAUAUUUAAAAUGGAACUUUGACGAUUGGUCUGUCACUGGUUUGCGGCUCUCCGAUACUUCUUACGAGUUCUACAGCUUGUGCAACCACUCAAUUGUAUCACAGGACCUCAUCAACACCAGUAUGACCAUCAUAAAGUGGUGUCGAAACAAUAUCAGACGGUUGACUUUGGAAGAGGCCAUUUUUUGA